CAAAGCGUGAUCUUGAAGCGCCAGCUUGUUGCAGAAUCAGAGUUUCACCUGCAGUCCGUCUGGGCCGCGAUGUCAGCCACGCCAGGAUCGUCAUCUGCCUCAAGCUGGCCGUCGGCUGCAGGCGGGGCUGGGGCGCCCAGUGGGCCUCGAACCCCAGUCAGCGGCGUUGGCAGCCAGGGCCCGGGCGCAGGCAGCCAGAGUCAGUCGCCGAUGAGCUCCGAGAAAGCCGUCCUGCACUCGAAGAAGGACGGCUCUAAGAAAGGUGGCGAGACGGGGCCAGUGGUGUCGGCGGAGGCUGGCGCUGGCGUGUUGCCUGGCCGGGCUACGCUCAAUCAGUACUUUGAGGAGUCCGACAACCCUGACAUGAUGGAUAUUCUGUUCGGAUCAGAGAUGGGCAACGUUCGCCUGGCGAGGAUCUUCGAAACAUACGAGGUUCGCCCAUCUCCAGUCGCGGUGAGCUUCUUCGACGCCGCGGGGGACCGCAUGAUCCACGGCGACCCCGUGAACCGCGAGACCCAGAGGGCCACCCUGUUCGACCUGAAGGAAAGCAUCCGCCAGCGUGGCUUGGUUCCUGGAGUGGCUGGGGAGGCGUGGUUCGUCUGCUCACCUGGGGAGACCUCGCCGUUCUACGCCCUGAGCUGGGGCCAUCGAACGCGGGCCGUGUACGAGCUCAUCCAGGAGGACCCAGACUGGAAGAGGAACCCGCAGCUUGCGUCGACGGUGAAGGCAGGGGUGAUGGCUCGGCGCCUCACUUACAAGAUGCCCAAGUUCGUGAAGAAGUUUUUGGUGGACUACCACAACAGCCAGGCUUUCCAGACAGGCAGCGGCUACACGUACAUCGAACUGUUGCUUGAGGUGGACGGCAUGGUGAACGCGUGGCAGGUGUGGAAGAGUGACUCGAUCAGCUCGCGCGGGAAAGACUACGAACAAAAGUACUGGCAGUUCGUGAGCCAGAAGUAUGGUGACAAGCUGAAGUCGUGGAGCCACUUCGACUCUGCGAAGACCUUGGCCAAUAGACUCGUCAGCUUCGGCGUGGAGCACUGCGACUGGGCAAGGAACCACGUCGAUUUCAUGCACCCCAAGUUGCACCACCCGAGUGUUAUCGGCAUCAUGCACGGCAUCAGCUCCACGGUGUUCAAUUGCUUCAAUGGAUACAUGUGCAAGGGGGACGUCAGCGCGCUGAUGUCGGAGGCUUUGAAGUUCGCAGUUCCAGUCCGCCCGAACCCGCCGACCCAGCGGAGGCUCCCCUGGAUCUUCGAUAAAUCUCAGGCGGACGCCCAGGAGAAGAUCUCCUUCGUGCUGUUCGUGAUUGACGACAACGCAAAGCAGCCCCGCGACCAAGCCUUGAGCCUCGUGGUCUCCUCGAGGACCGAUGAGGGGGAGAGUCGCGAGAGGAACAUCGGCGAUGAUAUCAUGAGCUGCCUGAACGUUGCCAUCAGCAGCGUCGAGGUGGACUCUCAGUGCAGGGAGAUGCUCGACGUGAAGGCCGAGUUGGCCAGCUACGCCCUAGAGUUCCUCUGGCAGAAAAAGGUGAUGUUCAAGGGCACGAUGUUCAGCGCGUGGUCGACGCUGAGGGCUUUGCUGGCGGAAUCGGCUGCAGAGUCCGCGGUGAAAUUCAAGACCUUUGCCAAAUCAUCCGACUAUGCCACAGCUGGUGAUGCGGAUGAUGCGGGAUCUGGCGCCGCAGCUGCACCACCCUCAAGCCUCUUGCAGUCUCUCAGGUCUCAUGCCCAAGAAAGCCCGACCAAGAUGUUCGACGAGUUGAUUGCGAGCAAGCACGACACCGUGGUCGCCCCACUCUUGACAUUGCUUUCUCACAACAAUGCGAUGAACAUCGAGGUCCGCUUCCAUCUCGAUUACCCGCUCGUGUUCCGAGAGAUCUGCGAGAAAGUAGGGCCCGCCCCGUCCGUGAGGUUGCGGGAUUUCCUCGAGCUCUGC